AUGUUGGGACACUCGAUUUUAGAGCAGAGUGCCCUGGUGGCCGCAGUCGUUCUCUCGGGCAUACCCACCACCAUCGCUCACUCCUGGGUGGAGCAACUGAACCGCAUCGCGGCCAACGGCACCAUGAUCGCACCUGAGGGAUAUCAACGAGCCUAUGUUGGACGUGGUGACCCAGGCUUCAAAGGAGAUAUUUCCGACGACUUGUGGCAGAUUCCUCCCAACGACCGGGCUGCGGGUGCUGUCAUUUAUCCAACAGACCUCCUCUGCGCACCCCAGCAAAAGAUCGGCACAUACACCAACUCUAAGUACCCAAAGCUGGUGACAGCCCCAGGCGACUAUGUUGCCCUGCGCCAUCAAGAGAACGGCCACGUGACACUCCCAGCAACCCAGCAGAACAAGCCUCGUAACCGUGGAACCAUCUACAUCUACGGCACGGAGAAGCCCGGUGCCAACGACACUCUGAUGUCGAUCCACAACGUCUGGAACGCGGACGGCACCGGUGGUGAUGGGCGAGGCCGUCUUUUGGCCACGCGCAACUACGACGACGGCCAGUGUUACCAGGUGAACAGCGGGGACAUCGCAACCUCGCGAAUCAAGCAGUUCUCCAAGGAGGCUUCAAAUCCCCAGGGCGAGGAUCUGUGGUGCCAGUCCGACAUCCAGCUCCCCUCCGACCUCACUGUCGGUUCAGACUACACCCUGUAUUGGGUCUGGGACUGGCCCACUCUCUCCAAGGCCAACGCUAUGAUCGGCGACGAAGGCGUCGAGGUCACCAAACCAGAGACCUACACCUCGUGCAUGGACCUGGAGAUCGUCGACCCCUGUGCAGACGACCUCGGCGACGUCAAGUCCCCUGCCUGCAGCAGCGGCAACUCCAAGACCAAGACCAAGAUCACAAACACCUUCGCCAAGGGCCAGUCCUACAACAACGCCGCCGUGCCCCAAGAGCUCACUGGUAAUUUCGCUGUCGGUGUCGAUGGCACCAACGCUGACUCAGGCUCCAACACCGGCAUGUCCGCGCCCCCAGACCUGGCAAGCGGCAGCGGCAACUCCGCUACCACGGGCAGCGCUUCAAAAGGCGGCGCUUCCCCGACCGCCGGCGCCGGCGUCGCUGCCUCCUCCUCCUCCUCCGCCUCGACCUUUUCCACCGUUACUACCUCCGCGCCAUCCUCGGCGGCAACCAACGCAGGGGCUGCCGGCGCGACCGUGACGCAGCUCAGCACCGUUACCGUCACCGAGGGCGUGACAACCGUCACCGUCACAGCCUCCGCAGCCCCGGAUGCCGCCGUCGGUGCGGUGGGCGAGAACAGCACGGGUGGGCUUGUGAUCCCGACGCCAGGUGUCGCACCAGCCGUGGAGCCGUUCACGAAGAGGAGGCGGUCCCGCAUCGAGCGCAACCUCUCAUGA